AUGACGGAGGGAGAAAGACAGCAAAGUGCAGGCGGCACCAAUGCCGCCCCACAACACAGAAAGGGACACAGAAGACAAGAAUCAAUGUAUGCUAUGACGGGAUUAUACGCGGAAUCGGGCUGUGCAGAAGGUGGAGAGGACGCAGCCGGACCGAGCACUCCCCCUCCUCCGUCGCACCCACCUCGGGAACCCGGAAAAUGCCACAGCCGAAACCCCUCAGCUGGCAUUUGCGACAGAGACCGCGAAAGAGAGAAAGAGAAACCCCGUCAAUUAUACCCAGAAAUAUUAGACAUUCCUCAUGACGCACGAGACUGCGGUAUCUUGUCAUGGAGACCGCUUUUUAUUCAGAGCUUUUCUAGUAUUAAAGUAUUUGUAUUUUUCCUUUCGUUCCUUGUAACGCUACAGCAAGCGUUAAGUUCGGGAUACAUUAAUUCUGUGAUCACAACAAUUGAAAAACGCUUCGAGAUCCCAUCGAGUCUCUCGGGGUUGAUUGCGAGUAGCUACGAAAUCGGAAAUGUCAUCACCGUAAUCUUCGUCUCAUAUCUUGGCAGUCGAAGACACAUUCCAGUUUGGAUCGCAGUCGGUGCUGUAAUUAUGGGUAUUGGGUCGCUAGUGUUUGUACUUCCGCAUUUCAUAGCGGAAGUAAACAGUGAAACUUUGAUGAACAAUAAAACGGAUGACAAUAUUUGCCGACUACCGAGAGCUCUGGAGCAAGACAUGGGUGGUUUAGGCCGCUUAUCUCAGGGUCUACCUCCAAGCAAUUUAAGACCAGACAAUUGUAUAAAGAGUUCUCCGAGCACUUUUAUGCCAGUCAUGGUAUUCAUCGUGGCACAACUUCUCCUUGGCUGCGGAGGAUCACCUCUUCUGACUCUUGGAACAACAUACGUCGACGAUCACGUUCGCCCUGAAUCAUCUAGCAUGUAUAUAGGUUGUAUGUACAGUAUGGCAGCUUUUGGACCAGUACUAGGCUUCUUACUUGGAGCUUAUUUACUUUCAUUCCACAUGGACUCUUUCUCUGGUACUAUCAUAUCGAUAGAUCCAGGCGAUCACCGCUGGGUGGGCAUGUGGUGGGGCGGUUUCUUGUUGUGCGGCCUCCUUCUCAUUUUGGUCGCGAUACCGUUCUUCUCAUUUCCUAAAGUGUUAGUGCGAGAGAAAGAAAAAAUAAGGCUAGUGGAGAAAGCAGCUGCCGCUAGUGGUUCCUCUACAGCUAAACCGAAACCCCAGAGCGACAUCAAGGACACAGGAUAUGGGAAAGAUAUCAAAGAUAUACCAGUGUCGAUGUGGCGGCUCCUCAAGAAUCCCGUAUACGUAGUGACCUGUCUCGGGGCGUGCAUGGAACUAAUGAUUGUGUCUGGCUUCGUGGUGUUCCUACCUAAGUAUCUGGAGACGCAGUUCAGUCUAGGCAAGAGUCAAGCUAGCGUAUUUACUGGUUCCAUUGCCAUUCCCGGUGCGUGUAUAGGCAUCUUCAUGGGCGGCUGUUUACUGAAACGGUUGGAACUUCGACCUAAAGGCGCUGUACAAUUCGUCCUUAUAUCAAACACUAUUUGCCUGUCCUGCUACGCUCUGCUCUUCUUCUUGGGAUGUGACAACAUCAAAAUGGCCGGCACCACUAUACCUUAUACUAAUAACAGCAACCUGGAGCCGUUCAAAGUGAAUUUGACGGCGGCGUGCAACUUCAAUUGUUUGUGCACUGAAACCGACAUGGAGCCUGUAUGCGGUAAUAAUGGAUUAACUUACUUCUCGCCAUGCCACGCGGGUUGUGCUGCCUUCUCAUCGCGAUACAAUUUCACUAACUGCGCAUGCGUGCACGAGACAGUGCGCGAGCCGAUAGUGGCGGGAUCGGCGGCGGCGGCGGUGGUGGGCGGUGCGUCGGCGGCGGCGUUAUCCGGCGGGAGGACAUUCGGCGGGGAAGUUACAGUGGUACCGGUGGCCACGGCCGGCGCUUGCAAUCCGCCGUGCACCACUAUAUUCCCGUUCUUAGUACUGCUCUUCUUUAUGACGUUCGUUGUCGCCGUCACGCAGAUGCCGUUGCUCAUGAUCGUAUUGAGGUCUGUGAGUGAGGAAGAGCGGUCGUUCGCUCUCGGCAUGCAGUUCGUGAUAUUCCGUCUGUUUGGUUAUAUACCCGCGCCCAUAGUGUUCGGCAAUCUGAUUGACUCCACUUGCUUAUUGUGGAAGCAAUCCUGCAGCGGCGAAAAGGGAGGGCGAUGCUUGUUAUACGAUAUAGAACAAUUUAGAUAUAGAUACGUUGGCUUAUGCGGCGGUAUUAAGAUAGUGGCUCUAGGGAUUUUCUUAGCAGACUGGUGGUUGGUAAGGCGACGCAGGAACCUAGAAACGGCGGCACCUCUGGAUCCUCACAAAGAUAUAGCGGGAUCGAUUAUAAGUCUUGAUAAAUUAUUCGAAGAGUUGCCGUCAGCGGACAACGCGAGCGGAUUCCGCUCGGGUGUGACGUCGGGCCCCAGUUCGGCGACCACCACGCCCCUGGAGGCGGGGCUCGGGGCCCCGUACGAGGUGGCCAUCGACCCUGCGCGGCGGCUGCAGCGCACCGACUCGCAGUACUCGCAGGACUCGCAGACGCGCGCUGGCGCCGGGGGCAAGAACUCUCGCGUACUAGUAGCGUCGCGUCACCUGCGCAACGACUCAAAGACUAUACAGUUGGAGCCGCGCGCGCGUCAGCAUUCACUAGAGGAGGGGGCGCGGAGCCGCGAUUCCCGCCGCGAUUUCCCGCGGUCCGCGUCGCGCGACUUCCCCGCGCACUCGCGCAGCGGCUCGCGCGACUUCAAAGUCCACUCGCGCUCCAACUCGCGCGAUCUCAGCCUCGAGCAGCUGAAACACCUCGCGCUCAAGAGCAUGGAGAGCUUAGACCUAACGGUGCUGCCGUUGACCAAAUGCGCCGACGAGGAAAGCAAGCGGUUGAUAGAGGGCGGCGGUGGCGUUUUGAGACAUCGCCGCACCGGCUCCCGCGAUAUGAAGCCGCCGGAGAACCGCCAUAAGAGAACGUCCUCUCAUCAUCUGACGCUGGAGCCCGAGCGGAGUCUGCAGAUCCAGAAGGGCCGCAGCGUGGACCAGUUGGCCGCCACCUCGACCCUCGACCCGCGCGUCUGAACCGCGCCAUCGCUUAGUGAAAUUAAAUAGUAACUCGAAUACGACUUUCGUUCGGAAACUAGCCCGAAAAUGAAUGUGAUUUUUAAUCAUAUCUUGCGUAGUCCCAAUGCGCUUUCUCGUAGUGAUUUAAACUUUAGUGAAACUUGCGCUCGUUCCACUCUCGAUAGUGAAGUGUUACUUUAGAAAAAUAUAGAUUAUUUAAUUUUUAUAUUUCACAACUGACAGUCAAUUUAUGAUCGUCGAUACGACUGGUCCAUCGCUGUACGUAUAUCUGAGUGGGGCUUUAUAUUAGAUGCUACGUACUUGUAAGAAACCAGGAAUGAAAAUUUUAAAAUCUCAAAGUAAACUAUUUUAAAAAAUAUGUAAAAUUGAUAAGUAUGAUAUUUUAUGUACUUAAUUGUGUGGCCGAAAUGGUCUUGAAAAAACAAUCAUUGUAGUUAUUUAUCAUUGGUCAUGUAGACGUCUUCAUUCCAUUGAUUAUAUUAGUAGAAUACGUUUUUAGCUUUAUUAAAAAAACUUGGUGUUCUCCAAAUUACACAAAAUAAUUAAUUCUCUAAUUUAAGAUCACAAAAUUAGCCUGAAUAUGUAACAAGUUUUAGAACCAAGUACAAUUUUUGUGUUAGUUACUUCUCAACAGAUGAAAGCAUCCACAGUUUUUCCCAUUAUUUUAAUAGAGUAAGUAAUUAAAAAGUAGAAUAUCUAUGGUCGAAGUCUAAACAAUAAUAUUAUAAUAACAUUCCUUUAACACCUUCUAAUUACUUGUAAAUGACAAACAUAAGGCCACCAAUAAAAAAUAGGCAGUAAAAAAGUACACUGUGUAUAAAGGUUUUAUUGUAUUUAUUGUGAUCUCAUAAUGGUGAAUAUGUCUUUGCCUACUACAAAAAGAAAGAUUGUUAAGUUUCAUAACACAAGUUUGAUUUGUAAAUAUUUAAUUUUUAUAAGUUUGUCUGGUGAAGAAUACAGUCAACUGCACGUCAGACUAUACAAAAGUGUCAAAUUUCUCCACUCGAUUUUAAACCAUAAUCACAUAGAGAGUAGAUGUCAAAAUCUGUUGCAGAAAUUUGACAUAUUGUGGUAACCUGACGUGCAACCGUGUAUACAUUUGCAUGUUAUCUGUAGUACUAAUCUGACUAAAUGAAAAUUCUGGUAUAGUUUAUUGGUUAUCUUUUAAAUGGUUGACCCUUAUAUAAUGUUUAAGGUUUAUUCUUCUGUAAAAAAUGUCCGAAUAUUAUUAAGUUAUCAAUAGAGAUAAAAUAUUUGAUCUGUUCAAACAAUGUAUGAUGUGACCAGCACAAAUAAAUUUGACUUACUGUCAGUAUGCUGAAAAAUUCGGCAUAAAAUUUACCUCACUGAAUAUGGCAAACAAAUUAAUACAUUUGAUUUUUAUAUUUUCAUAGCUCUUUUGUUCUAUUGGUUAUUUUUUUUUUUUAUAUACUUUUUCAUUUUUUUAAACCCUAUCAGCACAUUUAAUAACUAAAUUGGUUCGAUAUUUAAGUGACUAUUAUAUGAAAAGUGUCAAUUCUUUGGCUGGUCUUAAAUUCAAUUAUUAGAGGCUUCAAUCACAAUGUUGAGUACAAAUUAGGCCAUUAUUGACUUGGCAUUGUGAAAAAGUACUCAUAAUAUAAUAUUAAUAUAAAAACUGCACAAACAAAGCAAUAUAUUUAUCUCAUUAAAAGACAAGUGAAUUUGUCGUGUAAAUUUUUGUCAUAUAUAUUUGUUAAGAGAGACAAAUAGUUUGAUAUGGAAGAGAGUGUUUUAACUUUAAAAAAUGCCUUAUUAUAAUAGAAUUAAGACUUGAUACUAGCUGUAUAAGUUGUUACAUCACUCACAGAAUCAAAACUGUUGGAUGAUAGCAACUCCCUAAACUAAUAUGUUGCAUUUAGUGAUUAAUAAAAAUUGCAUACUUAUUU